AUGCGGAUGUCACGGCACGAGAAAAGUCUUCACUUAUCACUGGAGAAGUGGUUAUGUGCACCUCUUGGUGAGAUUGUCGCCGACAAAGCUACCGGAAAGCCCAGAUGCGUCUACUGCGAUGAGCUAGAUCCCAGCGAAGACCAUCUAGCCACGCACAACCACUCCGCCUGUUACGAGAAGGGCCCGGAAUCCCGAACAUUCUACCGGAAAGACCAUCUUCGACAACACUUGCGACUCAUGCACGGUUGCAAGAUGAUCUCCAGUAUGGACACAUGGAAGUCUGAAGCGCAAUACAUCAAAUCUCGUUGCGGAUUUUGCGGGAUGAACUUUGACAAGUGGCAAGACCGCCUCGACCAUUUGGCGAAAGAGUUCCGCAACGGUGCACACAUGAAGAACUGGAAGGGAUGCAGGGGCUUAGACCCUCAUGUCGCUAUCCAUGUCACGAACGCGAUGCCACCUUAUCUCAUCGCCAACGAAAGCAAAUCGCCAUUCCCGUUCUCAGCAUCCAACACUGCGAGCCUCAAGCAGCUUAACCUGUCCGUUGAUAAUAAGGACCUUGAAUACCUUUUACCGAACGUUGAUGAUAUCGACUACACGAACAACCUGUCUGCAGCAUACCAGCCUGGCAGUGAUCCCUCCACUAUUGGACCCAUCGUCCUGACGACACCCAAAGACUAUUCUCCUUCCAAGGCCCCCGUUGACAACCCGAACGCAACCUGCUGGGAGAUCCUCACGCUACAACUGGGCCGUUUCGCACGAGAGCACAUCGCAAAGCACGGUUCCGCAAACUUGACCGACGAAGUAUUACAAGCAGAGUCCCGUCGUAUCCUCUAUGAUGACGAUGAUCCAUGGAACCAAACAUCUGCGGAUAACCCCGAAUGGCUGAACUUGUUCAAGAAAGCACAUGGCAUCAACUGCCAAACCCCAAUAAAGAACAUCAAUGGAGAACACGAAAUAUUCGAAGAUCUCGGCAUCAACUACGGCUCCGCAUUAGAUCCAAGCUUCGACGUGAGCAACUUCGCCUGCACCUCAAUGUCGCAGAACGAUCCUUUGCGCGCCCUAUCUUACGAAUUCGCGCUAUCCGGCUCUGUAGGCGCCGUCCAAGGCCAUGCGCGACAACUUUCCUCGGGUCGCCAAACACCCUACAGCGUACCAGGACUAACCGGAUCGCCUACCUCACCAGCAUCGUAUGCGCCUAUCACGACGACUUCGAGCGCAGACAACUUACUAGGUUUCUGUGAGCCCAUCUCAGAACUCGCGUGCACAGGAGCCGGUACUUGUCGCGGCGAGCAAGGCGAGAUCGGCUUCUCGAUUAAGACUGCUGGGUUACCGAAGAGGAGGUACUGGCUCGAUGAUUCGACUGCGCAUCUGGCGCCGUUCACAUCCAGUGCUAGCGAACAGCCCAUGAUUGACGGUUUGACUGCGGGUGGGCCUACUGUCGACGACUUCCAAUUCCCAUCGUGGGAUCAACUGCCAGAGGAUUUCCAGAACCCAACGAGCAGCGCGGACUUUGACUCUACUAUUCCUGUUACGACUACUGGUGUUGGUAUGGCGGGUGUUGAGGGUACUGAUGCGAUGCCCUGGGAUGAUAUGGAUUUUGCUAUGGAUUUGGAUACGGAUAUGGAUCUGGGUCUUAACCAGGUAUGA